UACUACUGCUGCUGAUGAUAGAGGCGAUGGUAAUGGUUAUUACUAUUAUGAUGAUCAUAUAUGUUGCUUCUGAUGAUGAUGAAGCUUCUAAUGACCAUGUAUUUUCUCCUAAGAUACCUCUAUAUAAUCCCUUGCACCCUAAGAACCGCCCCCCCCCCCCCCCUCUCUAUCUCUCUCUCUCUCACUCUUACACACAAUGCAUCUCUCUAUAUGUGUCAUUAUUUCACUUCUAGGUCCUGGCCUGGCGUUUAUCGUGUACCCACAAUCCAUCUCUCUAUAUGUAUCAUCAUUUCACUUCUAGGUCCUGGCCAUGCGUUUAUCGUGUACACACAAUGCAUCUCUCUAUAUGUGUCAUUAUUUCACUUCUAGGUCCUGGCCUGGCGUUUAUCGUGUACCCACAAUCCAUCUCUCUAUAUGUAUCAUCAUUUCACUUCUAGGUCCUGGCCAUGCGUUUAUUGUGUACCCGCAAUCCAUCUCUCUAUAUGUACCAUCAUUUCACUUCUAGGUCCUGGUCUGGCGUUUAUCGUGUACCCACAAUCCAUCUCUCUAUAUGUAUCAUCAUUUCACUUCUAGGUCCUGGUCUGGCGUUUAUCGUGUACCCACAAUCCAUCUCUCUAUAUGUAUCAUCAUUUCACUUCCAGGUCCUGGUCUGGCGUUUAUCGUGUACCCACAAUCCAUCUCUCUAUAUGUAUCAUCAUUUCACUUCUAGGUCCUGGUCUGGCGUUUAUUGUGUACCCUCAAUCCAUCUCUCUAUAUGUAUCAUCAUUUCAUUUCUAGGACCUGGCCUGGCGUUUAUCGUGUACCCGGAAGCCAUCUCUCUAUAUGUAUCAUAAUUUCACUUCUAGGUCCUGGCCUGGCGUUUAUCGUGUACCCAGAAGCCAUCUCUCUGUUACCUCUUCCACAACUGUGGGCCGUCAUCUUCUUCCUGAUGCUCAUCACAGUAGGACUGGACACACAGUUUGGCUGUGUGGAAACCUUUAUGCACGCUCUUCUUGAUGGCUUUCCGCGCCUGCGAAAACACAGAUUGUUGGUGACGGCGGCCACAACGAGCAUGUUGUUUGCUUCAUCACUUAUUCUGGUAUCACAGGGUGGAGUGUACAUCUUUCAGCUGACAGACUGGUAUUUCUGUACCUUCUCUCUGUUAUUCAUAUCAUCGCUGGAAUGCCUUGCAGUUGGAUGGGGGCUAUGGUGCUAGACGUUUCGGAGACGACAUUAAGAUGAUGCUUGGGUGGAGACCUCCAGCUGUGUACAACAUCUUCUGUUUCGUCAUAGCACCCACAAUGCUGAUGAGUGCCCUGGUGGUUUCCUUCUUCCUGUACAAGCCGCCAAACUAUGGCGAGUACGAAUAUCCGAGGUACGCCCGCAUCAUUGGCUGGAUGUUCGCCGGUCUGCCGGUGUUACCCAUACCUGUCUACCUCGUUAGAGAGUUCCUCGCAAGGGAGGGAAGAAUAUGCACGAGAUUAAGACAGAUGUUGGAACCUGACACAACAUGGGGACCACGUCACGACACCGAGUUCAUGACGUACAGCAAAACGUCAACCUUUAAACGCCGGACAUUUCGAGAAAACGCGUGUGAUAUACUCAACAUUCGUGAUUAGGGGCUUCAGCAUGUGCGCUCAUGAUGUGUAAUAUCAACUUACUGUAUUUAUAACAGUGAUAGCUGUCACCUGCUCAGAUGCAUUUCUUCAUACACUUGUUAUCAAUGUGUUGAGGGUUUUGUUUAAUUUUAAUAUUCGUUUCUGUCACCCGGUAUACACGGUGUUCUGUUACUCAUAAGAUAUAAUAUCCAUAAUAUUUAUGUUACAAAUAAUCUGUUUAACACAAUCUACUUGUGUUUAUUUAUGAACUCCACAUAACAAUGUUUUUACGUUCAUGGAAGUAUGAACCAGAGAAUCGCGUUACACACUGUAUUACACGUGUAUAACUGUUUAUCACUUGCUGGGGAGUAGUAAAAUAUUCACCCAUUCACUCAUUCAUUCAUUAACUCCUUUAUUCGUUCAUACCUACAUUCAUUUAUUCAAUAUAAAAUACUAUGAAAUAACAACUGAUUUUAUUUUUUGGUUUCAAUGAAUUCACGAAAUAAGGGGAAGCCCCAUUCUUUUGUACA